AAUCUGGAUUUAUUACUCUACGUGGGGUCACACAAAAUUGGAGGGUUUUUUCUUCUAACCAACCCAAUUAAAAACUUAUUUCCGUUUUACCCUUCUCCAAAACAGGCUGACCAGCAGCAACAAUUUGAAAAAAAGGGGCAUAAUCGUAAAAGAACAAAAAGAAUCUCCAUUUCAUUUCGUGUGCUACGAGUGUCUACUGGUGAUGCUCUUACUAUGCAACACUUCCCUUGAACUCUCAAAAAAUUCCUAAAGAUAAAAAAAAAAAGAAAAUAAGAAAAAUCUCUCCCGCCAAUUCUUCAACAAAUCAAAACCCUAACCCCCUAAAACGAAAAAAAAAUCCAUGAAACCCUAACUCCAUCUUCUUCUUCUUCUUCUUCUUUGAAUUUUCACUCGAUAAAAACCCUAAUUCUAAGUUCCCGUCACUUCAAAAGAACCAAAAAAAACGAUGCCGUCAAUGAUAUCAACAGGUAAAAUUCUCAAAUUAGAAAUAGAGAACUUCAAAUCGUAUAAAGGACAACAAACAAUCGGCCCGUUUAAAGACUUCACGGCAAUAAUUGGACCAAAUGGAGCUGGGAAAUCAAACUUAAUGGACGCAAUUAGCUUCGUACUUGGUGUCCGUACAGGUCAAUUGCGUGGGGCCCAGCUUAAGGAUCUAAUUUACGCAUAUGAUGAUCGUGAAAAGGAGCAGAAAGGUCGUAGAGCUUAUGUACGGUUGGUUUAUUUGCUAGCAAGCGGGUCGGAGCUUCAUUUUACCCGGACUAUUACGAGUUCAGGAAGCAGUGAGUAUCGGAUUGAUGGCAAGGUUGUUAAUUGGGAUGAGUAUAAUGGAAGACUAAGGUCUUUGGGUAUUCUUGUUAAGGCUAGGAAUUUUUUGGUCUUUCAGGGUGAUGUGGAAUCUAUUGCCUCUAAAAACCCAAAAGAAUUGACUGCAUUGCUUGAGCAGAUUUCUGGGUCUGAGGAUCUCAAGAGAGAAUACGAGGAUCUGGAAGAAAGGAAGGCCCGUGCUGAAGAAAACUCUGCUCUUGUUUAUCAGAAAAAAAGAACAGUAGUUAUGGAGAGGAAACAAAAGAAAGAGCAAAAGGAAGAAGCAGAAAAACAUCUUCGCUUGCAAGAUCAACUGAAAGCUCUGAAAAAAGAACACUUCUUAUGGCAAUUGUUUAUCAUAGACAAAGACAUAAACAAGAUCAAUGAUGACCUUGAAACUGAAAAGAGAAAUCGUGAAGGUGUCAUGCAAGAAUUAGAGAAGUUUAACAUAGAAGAAAAUAAGAAGAAAAAAGAACUAGCCAAGUACCUGAAAGAGAUUGCUCAAUGUGAAAGGAAGAUUGCAGAGAGAAGUUCAAAACUUGACAAGAAUCAACCAGAGCUUCUGAAAUUAAAUGAGGCAAUGACUCGUAUAAAUUCAAAAAUCAAGAGUAGCCGUAAGGAGCUUGAUAAAAAAAGAGAAGAACGGAGGAAACAUGCUGAUGAGAUAGAUGAGCUGCAGAAGGGGAUACUAGAUCUGACUGCAAAGCUAGAAGAUCUGCAUGAAAAAAGUCGAGAUACUAGUGACAAACUCCCCUUGGCUGAUGGUCAAUUAACUGAAUAUUUUCGAAUUAAGGAGGAUGCUGGGAUGAAAACUAUCAAGCUAAGGGAAGAAAAGGAGGUUCUGGACAGGCAACAACAUGCUGAUAUGGAAGCUCAAAAGAAUUUAGAAGAAAACCUUCAACAGUUGAAAAAUAGGGAGUCUGAACUAAACGCACAGGAGGCACAAAUGCGAGCAAGACAAGAAAAGAUUCAGGAAACUUCCACAAAGAAUAAGAAGGAAUUGGCUGAUUUGAAAAAGGAAUCAAGAGAGAUGCAUGAUAAACACCGUGAUUCCAGGAUUAAAUGUGAAAAUUUGAAGUCUAGAAUUGGUGAAGUGGAAAUCCAGUUGCGAGAAGUGAAAGCUGAUAAAUAUGAGAAUGAGAGGGAUGCUAGGUUGUCUCAAGCUGUUGAGGAUCUCAAGCGCCUAUUCCAAGGAGUUCAUGGACGAAUGACUGAUCUUUGUAGGCCAACUCAGAAGAAGUACAAUCUUGCUGUUACUGUAGCUAUGGGUAGAUUUAUGGAUGCAGUAGUGGUUGAAGAUGAAUAUACAGGAAAAGAGUGCAUUAAGUAUCUGAAAGAGAAAAGGCUUCCUCCUCAAACUUUCAUACCUCUUCAAUCAGUUCGUGUAAAGCCAAUCAUUGAAAGGUUGCGUACCUUAGGUGGUACUGCUAAGUUGGUCUUUGAUGUCAUCCAAUUUGAUCCUGUUCUUGAGAAGGCAAUUCUCUUUGCUGUUGGAAAUACUUUAGUAUGUGAUGACCUAGAUGAAGCCAAGGUUCUUAGCUGGAGUGGAGAAAGGUUUAAAGUUGUAACUGUUGAUGGGAUCCUACUCACAAAGUCCGGAACAAUGACUGGUGGUACCAGUGGUGGAAUGGAAGCAAGGUCAAAACAGUGGGAUAAUGAUAAAAUUAAAGAAUCUAUUGCAAAGCUAAAGAAGAAGAAAGAGCAGCUCGAGAAAGAGUUGGAAGAGCUUGGAUCAGAUAGAGAGAUGAAGUUAAAAGAAUCUGAAGCAUCUGGGAAAAUUAGUGGACUUGAAAAGAAGAUUCAGUAUGCAGAGAUUGAAAAGAGAAGUAUCAAGGACAAACUUGAAACCUUGAAAAGGGAAAAGCAGAUUAUUAAAGAGGAAACUGAUCGUAUAAAACCUGAACUGCUUAAGCUAAAGGAUGGUAUUGAUAAAAGGGCCACUGAAAUCAGAAAGUUGGAGAAGAGAAUCAAUGAGAUUAUUGAUCGAAUUUACAAAGAUUUUGGUAAGGUUGUUGGGGUAACAAAUAUCCGUGAGUAUGAAGAAAACCAUCUUAAGGCUGCCCAACAUGUUGCGGAAGAAAGACUUAACAUAAGUAAUCAGCUGGCAAAGUUGAAGUACCAGUUGGAGUAUGAGCAAAAGCGAGACAUGGAAUCAAGAAUUAAGAAAUUGGAAACGUCUAUCAGUUCUUUAGAAAACGAACUAAAACAAAUUCAGAAAAAAGAAGCUGAAGUCAAGUUAGCAACAGAGAAAGCUACUGGUGAUAUGGAUAAGUGGAAGGAAGAAGUGAGAGAUUGGAAAUCCAAGGCAGAAGAGUGUGAGAAAGAGAUGCUUGAAUGGAGGAAGCAGGGUUCUGCAGCUACAACAAGCAUAUCCAAGCUCAACCGUCAGAUAAACUCUAAGGAGGGACAGAUUGAGCAGCUAUUGUCUCGGAAGCAGGAUAUAGUAGAGAAGUGUGAAUUAGAGCAUAUUAACCUUCCCACUAUUUCAGAUCCUAUGGAAGUUGACUCCAUGAUCCCAGGCCCAUUUUUUGAUUUUAGCGAGCUGAAUAGAUCCCUUCUUCAGGAUAGGAGACCUUCUGAUAGGGAAAAACUUGAGGUGGAUUUUAAGCAAAAAAUGGAUGCCAUUAUGUCAGAAAUUGAAAAAACUGCUCCAAACUUGAAGGCUCUGGACCAGUAUGAAGCUUUGCAAGAGAAGGAAAGAGUAGUAACUGAAGAGUUUGAAGCAGCCAGAAAAGAGGAGAAGCGAGUAGCUGAUGCUUACAAUUCAGUUAAACAGAGAAGAUACGAGUUGUUUAUGGAAGCUUUUAACCACAUAUCAAACAAUAUUGACAAAAUUUAUAAACAACUAACAAAGAGUAACACACACCCACUUGGUGGGACGGCAUAUCUGAAUCUAGAUAACGAGGAUGACCCUUUCUUACAUGGCAUCAAAUACACUGCUAUGCCACCAACUAAGCGUUUCCGUGAUAUGGAACAGCUGUCUGGCGGGGAGAAGACUGUUGCAGCACUGGCUUUGCUCUUUUCUAUUCACAGCUAUAGGCCGUCGCCAUUUUUCAUAUUGGAUGAAGUCGAUGCUGCAUUAGAUAAUCUAAAUGUUGCAAAGGUUGCCGGAUUCAUUCGCUCAAAAUCAUGUGAAGGAGUCCGGAGUAAUCAGAAUGCUGAUGGUGGCAGUGGUUUUCAGAGUAUUGUUAUAUCCUUGAAGGAUAGCUUCUAUGACAAGGCUGAAGCUUUGGUUGGGGUUUACAGGGAUUCGGAGAGAAGCUGUUCAAGAACUCUGACUUUUGACUUGACUGGAUAUCGACAGUCUUGAGAAUCCAGUUGCAGAUGAUUGCAGAUCACAGCAGAUAACUUGUUUUGUGAAUACCUCAGUUGCUAACAUCCUUGCAAUUACUGCUUGUAAAUAUGAAAAGAUUAAUGUAUUAAGUUUGUUUCGUACGAUCUUAAUAGGCAGUGUGAUAGGUGUUAGUACCGGUUCCUCACGUUGGAAGUAACAAAAUGUAUUGGAUUGCCAGCGUUUCUCCCUCGUUGGAUAUCGCAUCCUGAAAAGUAAUGUAAACUACUGCGUCAGAAUAUGGUGGAUGCAUCUGUUGACAAAGGUCCUGAUACCCUGGAAAAAUGUUUCUCUUUCCAGAAGGAAUGUCACAAACUUCUAGUUUCAAAAGAAAAAUGUCUUCAGGUUGGAAAAACCCGAUCUGUAUGUAAAUUCAAUUAGUUAAUUUGUAGGCUAGAACAUCUGGAGUUUCAACAGAAUAUUUGAUUCAAUCCUUGAAUUAGAAAUUUGGACAGUUCAAACC